GUUUUAGCUCAUCUUUUCUACUCUAAUUCUUCCUAUUCUUCCACACAUCUCAUAGCUUUACCCCUUCAGUUUCUCAAUGGAGUUACUAACAAAGGCACAAAAUACCAUGACUGGCAAGAAAACCCAAUACAGAAUUAAGACCAAGAAACUUUGUUACAGAUUAUCUUCCACAGUUGAUCAGUUCAAGUGGCUGUUCAAGAGGGAGGUGACCCCUAAAGCAUACAUUUUGAAGAAUGUCGAUUUUGAAGCUAGACCGGGAGAGAUCACAGCUAUUGCGGGUGCAAGCGGAGCAGGAAAGACAACAUUGCUAGAAAUAGUAGCUGGCAUGAUCCCUCUAAGUAGUACUGCUGGCCAAGUUAUUGUCAAUGACCAGCCAAUGAAUGCUCAACAUUUUCGGAGAGUAUCAGGCUAUGUCACGCAAGAAGAAGCCCUCUUCCCACUUCUUACUGUGGAAGAAACACUCUUGUACAGUGCUCGUUUAAGGUUCCAUGGCAGGCACCAAAAGGCCACAGCUAGAGUGAGUGAGCUACUGAGGGAGCUUGGACUACAACAUGUUGCCAAUGUAAGAAUUGGUAGUGACUCUAACCGCGGCAUAUCAGGGGGUGAAAAACGCAGAGUCUCCAUUGGAGUUGACCUAGUACAUGAUCCGGCUGUUCUUUUGCUUGAUGAACCUACAUCAGGAUUGGACUCGUCGUCAGCACUUGAUGUAGCCUUGUUGCUUAAAACUAUGGCUUCAACACAAGGUAAGACAAUUGUUUUAACCAUCCACCAACCUGGAUUUCGAAUUCUUGAGCUAAUAGAUCAAAUUCUAUUACUAUCAAAUGGAACUGUGAUUCACAAUGGACACCUGCAUAUGCUAGAGCAACGGCUUAGAUAUGCAGGUCAUUCCAUUCCUCUGCAAGUUAAUGUGCUUGAGUUUGCUAUUGAAGUUAUGGAAGACUUGAUCAUACAUGUUGAAGAAAGUGAAAUAGAAUAUGGUGAAAUAGAAGGAGAAUUUAAGCAUGUUAGACCAAAUUCAAUCAUAGGUAACGUUCAUGAAGACAGAGUCCUCUUUGCCAAUCCACUGUUCAAGGAGGUUUUCAUACUGGGCCAUAGAUUCUCCAACAUCAUUUUUAGAACCAAACAGCUUUUCGCUGCGAGAAUAAUGCAGGCUUUACUUGCAGGAUUUGUGCUGGGUACUAUUUUUAUGAAUGCUGCUAAUGACCCAAGAAGAGCUAAAUUACAAACACAAAUUGGGUUUUUUGCCUUCAGCCUCACCUUCUUGAUGUCUUCCGCAACUGAAGGACUACCAAUUUACCUGCAAGAGAGGAGAAUAUUGAUGAGGGAAACCUCAAGAGGUGCUUAUAGAAUCUCUUCUUAUGUCAUAUCAAACACUUUAGUAUUCCUUCCUUUCCUAUUAGGUGUGGCUCUUCUCUAUGCUACCCCAGUCUACUGGUUAGUUGGAUUGAGAAGGGAAAUUGAUGGGUUUCUCUACUUUUCACUGGUGGUGUGGAUGGUCAUUUUGAUGUCGAAUUCUUUGGUUGCGUGCUUCAGCGCUCUAGUGCCGAACUUCAUCAUGGGAACAUCUUUAGUGGCAGGGCUUAUGGGUUCCUUCUUUCUAUUUUCUGGGUUUUUCAUCCCAAAGGAGGACAUUCCCAGCUACUGGACUUUCAUGCACUACUUGAGUUUAUUUAAGUACCCACUUGAGUGUUUCCUGAUAAAUGAGUAUGGAGGAGAGCAGGGAAGAGGGAGAUGUUUGCAGAGUGUUGGAGGAGACUGCAUUCUGUAUGGUGACUGGUUCUUGAUGCAGCAAGGUCUGAAACCAUCACAGAAAUGGAUCAACUUAGGUAUAAUGUUGGGUUUCAUCAUUGGUUACAGAUGGCUUGGUUUUCUGAUUCUGUGGCACAGAUCUUAUAGAAUCAGUAAGUAGUUAUAAUCUGUUUGUUUCGACCAAAAAAAAAUAAUGUAUCUGUUUGUUUC